AUGUUCUCUCUUGAUCAACGCCGCGGUGAACCACCUUCAUCUCCAUCGUCGAAGUCGUUUAUCAUACCCAGCGACGUUGACGACGACCACGAUAACUCCAACCCGCAGCAAUCAUGGACAUGGACAUGGGCAACGGGCAUGGGACCGCUGGUCCCAGCUGCAAGAUUUCAGUCCUGGCACAUCACCAGUCGUAGCAUGUUCGCUGGCUCUUGCAUCGGCGUUAUCUUGCUAGUCGUUAUGCUGGAGUUCCUUCGUCGCGUCGCCAGAGAGUACGAUGCCUUCAUCGUACGCAACGCUCGUCUCAGAGCCAAGUAUCUCCGUGACUCCGUCAAUAUUCUCACGUCUGCCAACGGAGCAAAGGACGAUACUACGACUGCGCAGUCUGGAGGCGAGAACGAAUGUGAGAGUCAGAAAUGCGACGCUGCCCUCCCGCCGUACCGCCCUUCGCUGAAGGAACACAUCGUCCGCUCAUUGCUGCACUUGUUCCAGUUUGCAGUCGCCUAUUUCGUCAUGUUGCUGGCGAUGUACUUCAACGGGUACAUCAUUAUCUGCAUCUUCAUUGGUGCCUUCCUAGGCGCACUCAUCUUCUCAUGGGAGCCGAUGAACUUGGGCAAAGAGUGA